CUUUCCUCUCGACUUCCAAGCCCCUUCACUCUUAUUCGCCACUACCCGCCAUACUUCACCCAUUCGAGCGAGACAUAUAGCGAUAUAAAAGUUGUCGCUGAAAGACCAAAGAGAUUUCCGAUAGUGUCGUCAAAAUGGGGCAGCCUUCGUUCCAGGCUUCGAAUGCCGUUAUAUACUUGACAUAUGGCGCCUUUCUCAUCAUCGGGACUGGCAUUGCCUGGAAACUCCGCCACCAAUCCAAGGGAGAGUUUCUUGCUGGCAAUAGAACUCAGUCUGCCUUUCCGCUGGCUCUGAACUUCAUCGCUUCCGCCCUUGGAUCCGGCAUCUUGUUCUCUUAUCCCGAGCUGGCCACUCUGGCUGGCGUCCAGGGGGUGGUUGUGUACGCCCUGUCGUCGGCCCUCCCCCUUUUCGCCUUUGCCGCAGUGGGGCCCAUCAUCAGGCGAAAGUGCCCCGAGGGGUUCGUCCUCACUGAGUGGACUCGCCAGCGAUAUGGACGGCCCGCGGCGCUGUAUUUGAGCUUCAUGACGCUGGUCACCCUUUUCCUGUACAUGGUGGCCGAGCUCUCGGCCCUCGGACAGGUGAUCACCGCUCUGACGAGCAUGAACGGCUUGCCCGUCAUCAUCGUCCAAUGCGUCAUCACGACUAUCUACACCUCUCUCGGCGGCUUCAAGAUUUCCUUCAUAACCGACAACAUCCAGGGCGCCAUGGUGGUCUGCCUCGUCAUCAUCGCGACCAUCACCGUGGGCGUGGAGACCAAGAUCGACCGCAGCCUGAUCGAGUCGUCGGGCCUGACCAAGCCGAGCCUCCUGGGCUGGCAGCUGCUCUACAUCCUCCCCGUCGCGAUCCUCACCAACGACUUCUUCCUCUCCAACUUCUGGCUGCGCACCUUCGCCUCCAAGACGGACCGCGACCUCUGGGUGGGCAUCUCGUUCGCCUCGGCCGCCAUCCUCGUCAUCCUCACCCUGGUCGGCACGACGGGCCUGGUAGCCGCCUGGUCCGGCGCCUGGCCCGGCCCCGGCGACGAGCACGCCGGCGACGGCAGCAUCGCGCUCUUCCUGCUGCUGGAGCAGCUGCCCGGCUGGGUCAUCGGCAUCGUGCUCGUCAUGGUGGUGUCGCUCAGCACGGCGGCCUUCGACUCGCUGCAGAGCGCCAUGGUGUCGACGGCGUCCAACGACCUGUUCCGCAACCGGCUCAACAUCUGGUGGAUCCGCGGCGCCGUCGUGCUCAUCAUCGUCCCCGUCGUCGUCCUCGCCCUCAAGGCCUCGUCCAUCCUGCAGAUCUACCUCAUCUCCGACCUCGUCUCCGCCGCCACCAUCCCCGUCCUCGUCGUCGGCCUCUCCGACCGCGCCUACUGGUGGCGCGGCUUCGACGUCGUCGCCGGCGGGCUCGGCGGCAUCCUCGCCGUCUUCAUCUUCGGCACCGUCUACUACGGCGACGCCAAGUCCGGCGCAGAGCUCAUCCUCCUCGAGCAGGGCCUCUACGAGGGCGACUGGGCCGCCUUUGGCGCCUUCGUCGCCGCGCCCGUGGGGGGGCUCGUUGCAGGGUUCACGGCCAUGGCUUGCCGCCUUACGUUCCUGUACGCUCGUGCCAGGAUCACGGGCCGCAGGUUCGAUGCCCUUGAUAGGCCGACGCCGGUUGCUGUUGUCAGGGUCGCGGAUGGGUCUGAUGCUGAGGAUACUGAGAGUGCGCGCGAGCCGGGCGUUGCUAAGCUGACGGGGAAGUUCUUCUGAUUCCUGCGCGGACGCAAUGGUUUGGUUGUCGUGUGUGCCGGUGGGCUGUCGGAAGUAAAAGGCGGAGGGAGGGAGGUGGAAUAUGAGUUUGAUCAGGGCCCUCACGAGGCGUUGAAGGGACUGAAGAUGGGAGGGUUUUG